UAAACAGAGGAGCUCAUUCUGCCUUGUGGAAUCUACAGUUUGCUGAGAUCUGGUUACCAAUAUACAGAGUUGUCAAGCUGCCUGUUGUGAGAUUCAUCUUAACAUUGGAGAAAGCUUUGCCUGCUGUAGACCUCUGGGCCCAAAUCUUCUGACCUUCUGACACCAGGAUGGGGAAACAGAACAGCAAACUACGCCCAGAGGUGAUGCAGGAUUUGCUGGAAAGCACAGACUUUACUGAACAUGAGAUCCAAGAAUGGUAUAAAGGCUUCUUGAGAGACUGCCCAAGUGGUCAUUUAUCCAUGGAGGAAUUUAAGAAAAUAUAUGGGAACUUUUUUCCUUAUGGGGACGCUUCCAAAUUUGCAGAGCAUGUAUUCCGCACUUUUGAUGCAAAUGGAGAUGGAACAAUAGACUUUAGAGAAUUCAUCAUUGCUCUGAGUGUAACAUCAAGAGGGAAACUGGAGCAGAAGCUGAAAUGGGCCUUUAGCAUGUAUGACCUGGAUGGGAACGGAUACAUCAGCAAGGCUGAAAUGCUGGAGAUUGUUCAGGCAAUCUACAAAAUGGUUUCUUCAGUAAUGAAAAUGCCUGAAGAUGAAUCAACACCAGAGAAAAGGACAGAGAAGAUUUUUCGUCAGAUGGAUACCAACCGAGAUGGCAAACUUUCCCUGGAAGAAUUCAUUCGAGGAGCUAAAAGUGAUCCCUCCAUAGUGCGCCUCCUGCAAUGUGACCCUAGCAGCGCAGGCCAAUUCUGAACCCCAUUUCCAUUGUCUGGAUGAAUUCUAUAGAGCUGCUUGUUUUUUUUCUUUUUUCUUUUUUCUUUUUUUUUUGCCAAACAUUGGUGGUGAUGUUGCCUCUGUAUGGCCAGAUAUUCCUUCUUCUGUGACACUUUUUAGCUUCUUUUGUGGAUGUGUUCAUGGGAAUGCCAAUCGCUCUCAUAUGCUUGUCAAGAGCAUGGACAAUACUGUUCUACACAGAUUUUGUAGUGUUCAUUGUUUUGAGAGUUUUUUAUUAUUAUUGUUGUUAUUUUGAUUUAACAUGUCUGUCCUUAAAACUAAGGAUCAUGGAUGCCAGUUUAAAAAGUAUAUGACCCUGGAGCAUCAUGCCUGGGGGCUCUACAAAAUUUAAAGGGUAUUUUAAAAAAAUACAAAAAAAAAGAGAUUUAAAAAAAACUUCCCUGAUGUCUAUUGCUGAAUAUACUUAAGUGUUCCAAGUAUAAAUGUAGUUAAGGACUGUUCCCCAAUAACAAGUUGUACCUUAGGCCCCAUGCAUAGCCACUGAACAGGCCUGAACAAUCAACCCAUGAUGGACCACUUCCAGUAUGGGCUGUAACUUCUAAGCUGUGAACAUUACUAAGGAUGAAUGAGCAGAAAACAGGGGCAAGAUGACUCAGCUGAUUUUAAAAAACAAGUUUACACUAGUCAACAUAGCUUUAUUGAGGAAGUGAACAAAAAGCUCCCAUAAUCUCUUUCAAAACCAGGCCUAUAUUAGUCACUCUUUGUGUUAAUAGACAAGAAUGUUGUAAAUAUACAGUGAUGGAUAAUGAAGACAAAACAGUAUUCUGGAAUGCUGACAAGAGAUGCAUGUAUAAUGAGACCUUGGGAAAAGGUGGUAGUGUUCUUCCAGUCUUACUGCAAAAGACUGUUUUUGUUUUUGUUUUGGUAGCUUAUUGUGAGGUAAGCCAGCUCUAAUGGAUGUCUGAUAUUGUGUUUUGAAGUCAUAUAUUCUGUCUGCACAGAUGCGCCAGUCAAUAGGUGUAUUUUAUGUAUUUAAAAAAAAAACUACCAAAAGGGCCCAGUUCUUCGUUUUAUGUUUCCAAGUAAAGGACAAUUAGGAAAGGGAAGGAAUUCAGAUUUAGCAGAGAUGGAAAACUUGGAAUAUUGCCAGGACCAUAAUCAAUGAGAGUGGAAACCUAGUGCUUCUUUGAUGCCUUGGAAAAGAAGAAAAUGAUAGUUGCACAUGUCCUUGGGACUUCCAGAGCCUCAAAUCUAAAAUCUGUGACACUUUCUGAGAUGCUCAUCUUCCCAGGUCAGGGAUGUCCCUGAAAGGCAAUCUCCAGUAUCUUUGGCUAGGGCAAUCACCUAAUUCUUUCAGGAAAGUAUCUGAAAACACUGAAAAGGUGGGCAGAGGAAUCCGGGGUAGUGAUGGAUGGGAUAAAAACAUGGGAGCUUUUGCCAUUACCAAAUACAACCAGAAUCCUGAUUUUGGUUCAGGAGUGAUGCAAGUUCUCUACUCUUUCAUGCAAACUAUUAGUUAAUUUAGAUUUCAAAUUAAGAAUUUGAGUUUAACCCCAAGGCAUUAAAUAUCAGUGAACAGCAGAGGAGGACUUCAUUCUUCACACCAAUUGACUGGUUAGUAGCUAGAGCUCUUGGGGAAAGACAUCAAGCAUGGCCCACCAAAGAGACAGGUUCCCAAGUCCAGCACAGACUGCCUCUAUAACAGAAAGCAGAGGGCAAGCAGAGACAUUGCAUUUGGAAACAUUAAGAAAAGCUAUAUCUAGGCAGCACAAUGAGCACAUAGAAAUGAAUGCCAUCCUAUAUCAUUAGCAAUUCAAGAAUCCAUUCAAACUGGUAACCAAAAAUAAAAAAAUAUAUAUCCAAAUUCAUGCAGCUGGUGGAAAUGGGCUGAAAAUCUCUGAAUAAAACUUUCUCUGUAUUGAGGGUAUUUUAGCUAGAUGGCUUUAUAUCCCACCUUGACCUCUUCUAUGUGCCAGGUCACCACCGUCUAGUGGAGAGACAAUAUUCAAAUAACUUUUUACAAAUUAAAGAGAGGAUUAUUCAAAGAUAAACUCAGAGGGAAAGCACUAAGAUUAAAGAGAAUCUGGAAAUGCUCCCCUGAAGAAGAUGGGAAUUUAGCUGAGGCUUGGGAAUCUAGAAGUAAGAAGUAAGCCCCCCAUCGGAUGAAGGACAACAAAAGGAGAAGAUAGGAGAGGAGUAAUAUGUUGUUAUGUGUCCUUCAUUCUCAAAGAGGACCAGUGGCUGGAAAUGUGGGAAGGGGUCAGAUUUUGGAGGACUUUAAAAGUCAAACAGAAGAUUUUAUGUUUCUAUUCUUGUUAAUUUGAUUAUACAGUUUUCCCUUCUCCUUCAUCCCAGCCUGGAGAUUAAGAUCAAAUUAGAUAAUGGGUUUUAGAUUGUUUUCCACUCAGAAAUCUCCAAAGGUUUUCUCUAGUCUAGCUUUCUGUAAACUUUAAAUCCUGUUGACGAUUGAGUUUUAUCUUUGAAAGGAAAUUUACUCCUGCCUCACCAGAGCCCUUCCCUGAGCUUUAUUUUCAUGAUUUUGCAGAAGUUGAUGUUUUUCCUUCCUUCUCCAAGAGGACCAUAAUAUGCAAAUGAAUUGGAUUUGAGUGAUGGAGGACUGUUCACUGUCUCCUUUCUCAUUUUCCCCAGAUCAGGAUGACUGGAGAUGGCCCUGGAUGAAAUGGGAAAUUUUGGCCUUUUUAAGUUAAGGUCUUUAACAGUCUCAGUUUGAUUGAGGCAACUGCCCAAUCAGUGAUUAGGGCUUCUCCAGAAGUACUUGUGGAUCAAUGAAUGUGUUUCUUUUUUUUAGUUUCUAGUUAUGAAUCAAUGAAUGUACUUGGCUCUUGUAACUCUCCUUUCCAAUUUCUUCCUAUUCCUCUGACUCCUCUGAAUCAGAAAAAAAAAAAAAAAGCUAAGAAUCAUCAUUGAAGGCAAGGAUAUACCGGAGAAAGACUCCUACUCUCUCAGAAUCCAGGGCCUCACCAUUCCUUCCCCCCAAGUACCUACUACCUUCUACCCCCUGCCUAUCGAGAACAGGGAGAUAAUAUUCCUCCUAUACCCUUUUGCCUUUCAAAGACCAGUUAAAGAAAAUGGCCAAACUUCUAGUAAAUAAAUACAGAAAGGCUUGUUUUCUACAUAGACUUGAUCUAGUGCCCCGAGGAUCUGACACACAUUAGCUGAGAGCCUUUAGAGAAAUCAUUUGCCUCUUUGUACUCUAAGCAAUCCUCUUCAUAAUCUAAGUUAUAGAGAAAGUGCCGGCUUGCAAUGGUAAAGGGCGAUUCCGUUCUGAGAGUUCCCUGUAUUAGUAAAAUCAUAGAUUUAGUUCCUAUUUAUAUCUCUGUUUCUACAGAGAACUCAUUGGAAGGGGCUACCAAAGAAUAGCUUCUACCUUCAAUGUAGCUUUCAACUCUAGCCACAGUGACCCCAAGUGAGGGGUGGGAGGACAUUGAGGGAGUAGGGUUGACCCAAGAAUGUCUGAAAUAGAGCUGGCUCCCUCCCACUCACCUCAUUGUAUACUGAACAGAAACCCUCAGAGAAGGGAUGGGAUUUGUUAAAUGCCUUUGGCAAUGCCCUUCACUCAAUUGCCUCUGCCCUAAGAAAGACCUGUUUCUGUACAGAGAUGUAGUUAAGAUAAUAAAGCACUUGUUGGGGAAUGAAUACCACUUGCCCUAGCUUUCAUUAUGGAGGAUCCUUGGUAGCCUUGCCUGGUUUAAGAAUUACAGAACCUAAAACUUCUAUUGUUUUUUUUUACCUUGGAGAGGACAUGAUCAAAUCAAUUGGACUUUAAAAGAGAUGAUUGAAAAGGUCUAGGUUGUGCCUCCUUGGCCACAGACUCUUACUAAAUUGCAAUUUUUUUUCUUCCAAUGAAAGCCAGUGCUGGAGGGCAGAGUAUGGUAUCUCAGCUAUACAGUACAGAAAUAACUGGACAUGUGGUGAUUGGGUACACUCAACCAAAUGUAUUGAAAUCAUCUUCUCCCUUGCUUGCCACUGAUUAUUUCUGUUGUUCACAUGGAUUAUAUUUUUCCUUCUCCAUCCCAGAAGCUACCAGUCAGUACUGUAUGUAGUUUAAUCCAAAGGAUUUAAUGCAAAGGAACUGUGUUAAAGGAACAUCAGCAUAUUGAAGCCUACUAGAUUUUGUUCAAUAUUUCUGCAAAAUAACAUCGAGUCCUGGAAUCUCUGGAAAAGGAAAAUGUCCAACCCAAAAUAAAGAUGAUGUAUGAUGUUUGAGGGACUGGAAUAAAAUGGCUUACAACUUGAAGGA